GUGGGGCUUCGAUCGACUGACGUGUCUUUCUGAGGGAAGAGUUGGAAUUUGUGCUGCUGUUUGGCCCUUCCUUUUCCGUGUUGAGGGCUGCCGAGAUGGGGAUUAAAUUUCUUGAAGUAAUCAAGCCUUUCUGUGUUAUCUUGCCAGAAAUUCAAAAACCGGAAAGGAAGAUCCAAUUUAAAGAAAAGGUGCUAUGGACAGCUAUCACUCUCUUCAUCUUUUUGGUUUGCUGCCAGAUUCCCCUGUUUGGUAUUAUGUCAUCGGAUUCAGCUGAUCCCUUUUAUUGGAUAAGAGUAAUUCUGGCUUCCAACAGAGGCACACUGAUGGAGCUAGGCAUUUCUCCCAUUGUCACAUCUGGUCUCAUCAUGCAGUUACUGGCUGGUGCCAAAAUAAUUGAAGUUGGGGAUACACCAAAAGACAGAGCUCUCUUCAAUGGGGCACAGAAAUUGUUUGGCAUGAUUAUUACUAUUGGCCAAUCUAUUGUUUAUGUAAUGACUGGGAUGUAUGGAGACCCAUCAGAGAUGGGAGCAGGAAUCUGUCUCCUUAUCACCAUUCAGCUUUUUGUUGCUGGUUUGAUAGUUCUUCUCUUGGAUGAACUUCUGCAAAAAGGUUAUGGUCUUGGCUCUGGUAUUUCCCUCUUCAUUGCUACUAACAUCUGUGAGACUAUUGUAUGGAAGGCAUUCAGCCCAACUACAGUGAACACUGGCCGAGGCAUGGAGUUUGAAGGAGCCAUCAUUGCCCUCUUCCAUCUUCUGGCUACUCGCACAGAUAAAGUUAGAGCUCUCAGGGAAGCCUUCUACCGGCAGAAUCUCCCAAAUCUUAUGAACUUGAUUUCCACCAUAUUUGUCUUUGCUGUUGUCAUUUAUUUCCAGGGGUUUAGAGUGGACCUCCCUAUAAAAUCUGCCCGCUACCGUGGUCAAUACAAUACUUAUCCAAUCAAGUUAUUCUAUACCUCCAAUAUUCCCAUUAUCCUUCAGUCUGCACUGGUUUCCAACUUGUAUGUAAUUUCUCAGAUGCUCUCUGCUCGUUUUAGCGGUAACUUACUGGUUAGCCUUCUGGGUACUUGGUCUGAUACAUCAACUGGAGGUCCUGCUCGUUCAUAUCCUGUUGGAGGGCUUUGCUAUUACCUGUCACCUCCUGAGUCUUUUUCGUCAGUGUUGGAAGACCCUGUUCAUGCAGUUGUUUAUAUUGUGUUUAUGUUGGGUUCCUGUGCUUUCUUCUCCAAAACCUGGAUUGAAGUCUCUGGCUCAUCUGCAAAAGAUGUUGCUAAACAGUUGAAAGAGCAGCAGAUGGUUAUGAGGGGUCAUAGAGAAACCUCCAUGGUUCAUGAACUCAACAGAUACAUCCCAACAGCUGCCGCCUUUGGUGGCCUCUGCAUUGGUGCCCUCUCUGUGCUGGCAGACUUCCUUGGGGCAAUUGGAUCAGGCACAGGAAUCUUGUUGGCUGUCACCAUCAUUUACCAAUACUUUGAAAUCUUUGUAAAAGAGCAGAGUGAAGUUGGCAGCAUGGGAGCGCUUCUCUUCUAAAUGCAAUAUUGUCUCAUGGACCUAGGGGCCGGUGAAGAGCGUUUUUAAGUUUUUAAAAAUCAGGUGAAAAGAUUAACAGUGACACAAUAACACAUGGGCAUCCUGCAUUAAUACAAACACUUAUUUUAAUGUGUGUGUUUUUUCUGAAGUACAUUCCUUUGGUUCAGACUUUAUUGGUAUUCAGUUGCUGUUUUAUAAAUAGCUGGAAAAUGUGUAAAAAAACAUUUUUAGAAAAAAAAAGUCUUUUGUUCUUUGUUAUUGUUUGAAGCAAUUCCCUACAUCUGAUUUAAUUUGAUAGCUUUUUCUCCCUACUUCAAACUGCACAAUUUGUCCCUGAGUUGCUUGAAGUUUUUCCAGGUUCAUUGUUUAAAUGAAGAGUGGAAGGUUAUUUGUUACAAUGUGGUAUUUGUCUCUUUACCUGGGGUGGGGUGGGGAAAUUGAGAGAUCUCCCCCCCCCACUCAAAAGCACCACCCAAAUUAUCUAUCCGUUCUUUGGGGGGGGUGUUUUUUUAUAAGCACAUAUAUUCCCACUCUCCCCAGGAUACCACAAUUUGAACAGCCAGAUGUCUAGUCAAGCACACUCUGUGUUUUAAGUGCUGACUACUACCUUUUGACUGUUCCCUUGCUUCUGCAGGGGAUGAUAAUAGGCUCUGUUGGUAGAAAUCUCAGGUCAUGUUGCUUUACAGGAAGAAUUAGAAAAAUGUCUUGGAAUGCUGCGCUGAACAGAGGCAGCAAAUGGUGCCAUAGAGGAAGCCUGAAAUUUCUUAGAUGGAUGCUUAUAGUUGAAUGUGUUAUUUUUAUAUCUUGACAAGUGUUGAAUGCAGUAUUUCUCUUGGAAGUUGUUAUACUCCUAUCAAGUUUUUAUUUGCCACAAGUUCAAAAUAAAUCCUAAGCUAGGAGGUAUGACUUAACUAUUAACCUGCUGGUUGAUGAGUAUAUGGAAGCCAGUUCCAGUAGAAUCUGCAUAUUGCUCCAAAUGCUAAUUGCUCCCCAGCUAUUGUUCUGGAAUAGUAACUACAAGCCAUGCAAAUUCUUGUCCACCUAAUGGAACCCCCUUCAUCUCCAAACAGUUUCACCUGCUCUUCUAACCUGCAAUGUUAGUGCUUCUCUAGAGAGCGAAAAGCUAUUGCUUGCUUUCAGGAUAACUCCUACCAAAUAGGACAAGUAGCCAUAAAGAUGUUAAGGAUUAUCAACUCCUUAUAAAAUUCCUUGAAAGCUUGACAUCUGUUGGGAUAUAUCAGUGGUUGUAAGGUGUUUUGUGUGCUGUAUAGACCAAAUAAAAAUACAUGGUAUAAUGAGAAGCAUGCAGUUAGAAUUCCUGAUGAUGUUGGCCCUUGAAAAGAUAGCAAUGAAGCACUGAGACCGUAUUUCUGGCCAGUUUUCUUUCUAGCUUUCAAAAUGUAGAAGUUUUUGCCUUGACGAAAACACCACAGAUAUUGAAAUCAGGUCAGAAACUAGUACUGAAAUGAAAGUGCCAAACUUCUGGCAGUUCCACCAUCUUACCCAAACAGUGCAUGUGACAAAGAAGCCCAGCACCAAGAAAAUCCAAACACUGAUGGCAUGGAAGAAACUAAGUGUAAUGCAGUAAGACUGUAAAAAAAAAAAAAAAAGACCUCAUCAAGAGCAGAUACAGAUGGGAAUUUGUAGAUACUGAUAAGGUCUCCCAAGCCAGCUUUGCUGGGGUAGGUUCUUCAGUUAAUAGGCUGCUAUAAUAUGGAUAUAUUUGGGGCUUUGAACAAGUGAAAAACAUACUUUAUGGUGCUGUAGUGUGACUUCAUUAAUAUGGUCAUCUAACAGGCAGAGCUCGAGGAAGAAUUUGUGUUAUGGAUCAGUUGCAAAGCUGAGUUUGCAAGGCUUUAUUUGUUUGUAGUCCUUUUCAAAAUACUUGCAAAUCUUUGACUUCACAAAAUAUGGAACUCUUUUUUAAUGUAACUCCAAGGCAAAUAUUAAAUUGUAUAUUUUAUCCAUUCCCUCAUCCAUUAUAGGAUGUACUAAAAGGGUUAAAUUCAAAUAAGCUUCCAUUAAAGUUCAGAACUGGAGCAGCAAAGCACCAAAUUGAAGUUAUCAAAGUAAUUUCAAAUGUCAGAUCAGAUGCUUUGGGUAGAUUUUGUGCAUCAUUGAAACUCUCCCCCCUGCCCCAGCUGAAAUGUUCAAAUUGAAGUGGAUCAGUUUUUCAAAUCCUUGCUCUGUAUAUGAAAUGUUAUAGAGGUAGAACUGGGUUUUGUCCUUGAAACAAAAUUAACUCUAUUGUGCAUCAAGCAUUCUUCAAGCAUGGCAUCAAAUAUAGUUUUUGUCUCACUUCUGAAAGAUGAAUGCCAAACCAGUGUUUGAAUUGAUGGUAUUAACAUACCAUUAACUUUCUAUAUUACAGACAAAUCCCAAUAUUUUUAUUUGCACGGGCAAUAAAAAAUUGAGAUGGCCACCAUUGACCCUCUUCUACUUCAGUUGAAUAACAUUUUAACUUCAGAAUAGAAUUAUUUCUUUUUGCUACUUCUCAGUUCAAAUAAGAGAUAAGCUAAGAUGAUCUGAGAUAAAUGCUGUUGUCAUUCAACUUGGCCUUAUUUGAAAGGCAGGGCACUGAUGUAAGGGGGUAAGCAAGGCUUUCCUUCCUUUGAUACUUGAAGUACAGCAGGGAUUUGGGGUGAAUUUGCUGGCACACUUGUCCUGGUCACUGAUUUACCUGAGAUGGACAUGCUUACAUAUUUGCAUACAUAUGCCCGCACACACUCUUCACCACUUGUCAAUUGGAAAUGACUCUAGCUAAGGCCUUGGACAUGAGCUAUCAUCUUAAAUCCUGCAUCAGAGGCUAAUUGUCUAAGCCUCAGUGGAUUGAAAAGUGUGCUAUGAAAUGGUUUUAGCUAUACAUUCAUUUCCGGGAUUGGUUGCCAUGAUAACUAAAAUGGUUAUCACCAGAACAGAUCCUUAAAACAAAAAUAAAAAUGAUCACUUCUGGGUUUAGGGUAGCAUUUUGAAUUACGCCUGAUAGCUUACAAGAGGCUUCCCUGCUGAGCUGUUGAUUGGCUCACAAAGUGGUCAUGCCUACUUAGGAAAACUUGAUAGGGUGUUUUAAAAAAACUAAAUGUUUUAAUUUAUUCUAGGACAGAAGAUACUCUAGAAUGUUUUUAAUCUUUUAUGGUACAUUCUGAUUGAAAUGUCUGCCUUCUUCAUGAUUUGUUUCCAGAUUAAUAGUUAAUAUGUUUCUUGCCCAAAGAGUUUAAAGAGUCAUCCUGCCAUUCAUCUCAUAAAGGCACAGAGGAAGAAGACCAGCAAGUGUUCGGAUAAGCAGCACUUUUAGUGGUCUCCCUUUUUCUCCACCCCAUACCUCAAAAGGGAAACAUAAUAAGCAUCUGGUUUAAGAAGGUAUUCAUGAAAGAAACUUUCAAAUUGCAACACUUAAGUAUCCACUAGAGGAUGCUGUUUAUUGCAGAUCUAAGUUCUUUGACAUUAAAGUAACUUGUAAACCAUAUACAGUAUAUUUUUGUAUAGGUUAUACGUAGAAAAAUAUUAGAGAUCUUAUGGUAUCUGUUUGAAUUUUUAUCCUGUUGUUUUAAAAAUAGAUUUGAAAUAGUUGCCACAAAAGUACUUUUUAAUCUUCUACAGGACUCUUUAGGACCUUUCAAGCAAGCAAAAGUAUUACUGCAUAGCCCUUGUGGAUAAAAGUCUAUUUCAUCAGAGGUACAGUGUACUUCCUGAGGGAGAGGCACACAAAACCUGUAAGCAGCCACCUACUGCUAAUAGGGAGGGACUGGGAAAGAGUAAAGAGAUUGGGCAGGAAUAGAACAAUCAUUGACAGCAUUUGUUGGUUAUAAUGCAAAUAUGCAUGCAUUUAUAAGUUGUUUAGUAACCAUUGAGUAACCAGAAAUCUUGGUUUCUGUUUAAUUGCUCAAAUAUAGUGUUAAAUCUGCUGAUGAUUUCUAGCUCAAUUGUUUUACGGCUACUUUGUAGAAGAGUGAUUUUUCACUUUACGACUGUGUUGCUUAGCGAUGGAGUUGCCAGUCCCAAUUGCAGUCAGUAAGUGAGGACUACCUGUGUGCAAACUCAGCUAAAAGCUACCUUGCCCACCGCACCCAGACUUUCAUUGAGUUCAACAAUUACAGGGAAAUGUCAUCAGUUUUCUAGGAAGAGCUAAGUAUAUUCAAAUGACAUUAAGCACAUAUAACUUGCUCUGCAAUCUUCUGUGCUAUGGAUGGAUCUACUGACAUGGAUUUCUUAGCAGUUUUCCUUGUAGAAAGGAACUGUUGAAAAUAGAAAGCUACAGCAAAAGACAAUGCUGAUUUGAAGAGAGAAGCUAGACUAAAGUGUUCAUGUUUUGCUUCUGAUAGUUUGUAAUGGAACUGAGUCCUGAUACUGUGUAUAUAUAAAAUGUAUUUCUAUAGAAGUGCUUCACUUUAUAGAGGGAUCUUGGGUUGAAUUCUGAACUAUGUUUUGAUCAAGAGUGAUAGUAUCAUGAAAGGAUUUUAUUAAUAAAUCUUUGCUGAAAUAGUA